UGUUCCCCUUUUUCCUAUUCGGUCAACACUGUUGAAAAAUUUACUUUUAUUGUGUACUAAAAAACUUCAUGUUUAAAGGUGAACAUCUUCGACAAGUUGAUGGUGCUGCUGUGGGUAGUCUUUUGGAACCUUUCUUAGCCAGUGUAUUUGUCAUAUGUUGAGAGUAUGACAAAUGAGCUUUUGAGUGAGGUAACCUCAUAAGAGAUACAUGGAUGAUAUAUUAGUUAUGUGUGAUAAUAAUUUCGAUAUUGCUCAGUCAUUAGAUAAACUAGAUAGUUUGACCUAUGAGGAAGAAAUUAAUAACAGAUCACCAUUUUUAGACAUACUUUCGAGUCGAUGGGAGGUUGGGAUUAUAAUGCGGUCAGUAUAUAGGAAACCAACAUGGAGUGAUCAAUAUUUAAACUUCCAAUUUUUAUCCGUUGUAGCACGAGCGAAGCUUCGUAAGUGCCUCUCUAACAGCACUCAAAGCAUAUGUGCUGCAGAUAUGUUUGAAGAUGUGAAAUUGCUGACUGACACAGUGAUAUCAAACGGUUAUCCACUGAAGUUUAUAAAUAAGUACAAUAGUCAGUCAACACCAAAUCUCUUUAAUUCUGUUGCGAAAGAAAGUGUUAACAUACCUCUGCUAUUUGGAAGUGAAUCUAACAGUAUGAUUUUAGGACGGAAACUAAAAUCAGCAAUCGAAGACAUUACGCUGCUAAGCUGAUCGUGAUCGGAGGUACUAAUCCCAUAAUUCCAAAUAGACCUAGGCAUUGCACGAGUAAUGCGAUGAUUUCCCC